AUGGAACAGAUCAUAAUCUCAAACGACUGUGAUAAUGACGAAGGCAAAAAUUUGGAAAAUGAACAAGAUUUGUCUAAUGUUGACGAUUUCGAGUUUAUUCUCAAUGCACAAACGGCAUCCAAUGAAAAUCUAAAUCGUCCGAUGAGUGAUGAAAUCGAUGAUCUCGUAUGGUCAGAUGAACCUAUCCAUCGAUCAACUCGAGAUGACAACAUAGAUUUGGAGAAUAUUCCAACCCUUCGAAUCAAUGUUGAAGAAAAAACAUUUGUACCUCUUUACAAUGUUGCUGUUGAAGCUUGGAUUCAUACAUUUGCUGCUGACAUUACUUUAACACAAACAUUUAUCAAUUUGGAAGAUAAACCAAUCGAAGCUAUUUACGUCUUUCCAAUCGAGGAAAAUGCUGCUGUCUAUGCUUUAACAGCUGAAAUUGAUGAUCGUCUGAUUACAGCCGAAAUUAAACGGAAAAAAGUAGCUGAAGCUGAAUAUAAUGAAGCAAUUAUACAUGGUCAAACAGCAACUCUAUUACGUCAGAGUGCGGAAACAUUGGAUACAUUUAUUAUCAAUGUUGGCGCUAUACCGCCGGGUAAAGAAUGUCGAGUCAUGAUACGCUAUGUAACUGAAUUGGAUUUGAUCGAUGGAAAAUCAAUUCGUUUCGUUGUUCCAUCUACAAUAGCUCCACGGUACAAUCCAGAAUUAGGUCACUUACAAUCACCCGAUAAUACUAAUGCUGAAUAUGUUCAAAGUACUCCUUAUACAAUAUCUUUUCAAAUUCAUGUCGAACGAAACGGCAUCUCUCGCGUUGCUAAUCUGUCUCAUCCAGUCAAUGUUAGUACAUCAUCAGAAUUAAUCAAUAUUUCUACACAAGAUGUUGCACUUGAUCGUGAUUUUAUCAUUGAUAUUCACUUGCCUAGACGUCCACCAUCCAUGUUGACUGCUGUUGAACAAUACGAUUCGACGAAAUAUGCUGCACUUACAGCACUAAUUCCUCAUAAUUUAGUCAAAUCUAAUUAUAUGAAAUCUGAAUUCAUCUUCAUCGUGGAUUGCUCUGGAUCAAUGGAAGACGAAAAUAAAAUAGGUCUUGCACGCGAGGCUAUGCUUUUAUUUAUACGCAGUCUACCGUUGAAUUCCUAUUUCAAUAUUAUUCGAUUUGGAUCACAUUAUCAAAUUCUUUUUGA